UGUUUUAUCGCUUUGUAAUUCAUUGUCCGGUGGAGCAGCCGGGGUUGCGGUGUGGGAGGAAAGCGUGUCAUUUAAAUGUCUCAAAUAGCGAAAAAGAGACGGAAGGACACGGACGCGGUAUUUGGAGACCCCUUUUUUCCACCUGGAAUUAUUUAUUUUGGUUUUAUUUUGUCCUGUCGGUUUUCAGCGGUGCCUUUGUUUAUAGGCCUGAGUGCUUUGUGGAAGUAAAGAAAGAAAGAAAGAGAAAGAAAGAAAGACAGAAAGACAGAAAGACGUGACAUUUUUUCUUAUUUCAGUGUGAUAAUCACCACCCUGGCACCCCCCUUUAAUUGAUCAGGAACUCAUGGGAAUAAAGAAGAUUUCUGGGAAAGAAACCGAAAUAAGUCGUUAGAAAAAGAAGAUAGAGAAAAGAAAGAUAGAAGAAGAAGAAGAGGCUUUGUGUUUCCUAGUUGAGCAAAUGGCAAGAUGGCAACAACAACGACAAAAGCACUGACCAAUGACGAGACGGACACAACCAACAGCGCAACAUUGUCUACAAUGGCAGCAUCUUUAGCUUUAAACACCCGGGUUUACUCUCUGGAGGACUUCGAUACAGUGGCUACGGUCGGCACGGGAACAUUCGGCAGGGUUUUCCUGGUCAAGGACAAGAAGACGAGGGGCUUCUUUGCCCUGAAAGCCAUGAAGAUCCCAGACGUCAUCCGAUUAAAACAGGAGCAGCACGUUCACAACGAGAAGGAGGUUCUGACCGAGGUGAACCAUCCCUUCCUCAUCAGACUGUUCUGGACGCACCACGACGAGCGCUUCCUGUACAUGCUACUGGACUACGUACCAGGCGGCGAACUCUUCAGCUACCUGCGCAACCGCGGCCGCUUCAGCAACAGCGCCGGACUCUUCUACUCGUCCGAGAUAGUGUGCGCCAUCGAGUACCUGCACUCCAAAGAGAUCGUCUACAGGGACCUGAAGCCCGAGAACAUCCUGCUGGACCGCGAAGGCCAUAUCCGCCUCACCGACUUCGGCUUCGCCAAGAAACUUUCAGAUCGGACUUGGACUCUGUGCGGCACUCCUGAAUAUUUAGCUCCAGAGGUGAUCCAGAGUAAAGGUCAUGGCCGGGCAGUGGACUGGUGGGCUCUGGGGGUCCUCAUUUUCGAAAUGCUUGCUGGGUACCCGCCGUUUUUCGAUGACAAUCCCUUCGGCAUCUAUCAGAAGAUCCUGGCAGGAAAGCUAGAGUUUCCACGGCAUCUGGAUUUCUACGUAAAGGAUCUCAUCAAGAAGUUUCUGGUGAUUGACCGAGCGAGAAGACUUGGGAACAUGAAGAACGGAGCAGAGGACGUGAAAAAGCACAGGUGGUUCAAGGCGAUAGACUGGGAUGCAGUGCCCAAUAGGAAACUAAAGCCCCCUAUAGUUCCAAAGAUAUCUCACGAAGGCGACACGUCUAACUUUGAAGCCUACCCAGAGGACGAGUGGAAAAAGGACACUCCAGUGUCACCCAAGGAUCUAGAGAUUUUUAAAAACUUUUGAUGAUGGAGAAAAAAAGAAAUGAUGGAAGAAAGUUUUCCUCCACUGGUGCAAAGUGUCCAUUCCAUUCACGGUGGCCAGUCUCAGCCUGUUUUUUCUCACACAUCUGGAUUGACAGAUGCAGAGUACAACCGAUGAUCAAGUUUACCCUCAUCAAUAUCAUCCUCAAGAUCGCGCAUGUGGAGAAGGAAGCACUAUUUAUUAUAUUCUGUUUCUCUGAGCCUACUUUUCUUAUGCAAAAAUAAAAAAAGCACCAAAACA